CAAUCAAAGUGUGGCGGCUCUCCUACAUCUGGAUGCGUGUGCAGCAGUCUACUGCAUGGGGACUACUGUGAUGGAACAGCUUCGCAGAGCAGAAAGAAUGGAAAUCAUUUCCUGAAAUGCGGUUGUCUCUGUGGAUCAGUAUACCACUACAACCCAUCAUCCCCAAGCCCACUGAUGCCAACGCAGCAAGUGACCGCGCAUUGCUCGCAGCGGCAAUAAGGACCAACACCUUAAUUAUCAGGCCGUGGUGACAUAGACGGUCACAGCACAGCAGUCACCGUUAAUUAUUCGCCGCAACAAUUAGGAUUUAAAUCGCUGUUGUUAUAUUUUUGGAUUUAUUUCACCGGCAGCUGCUGCGGUAACACCCCUCUUUGUAGAUCGCGUGCACUCCUUCUCCCUUCCUCUCAUCGGCUCUCCAUCCUUCCUUCCCGGAACGGCUGGGUGGACUGGUGGGGCUAUGGAGGAUGCAGGUGAGAUGAGGAAGACAUUCACGGUACCGGAGAUUAAACCGUUGAAUCAGUACGACUUCAACCGAGCCAAGGUGUGCGCCAGCGUCCGGUGGCUACUGGCGAAGUCAUACGGAUCCGCAGAGAAUGUCCCGGUGGAGCUGCGAGAGCCUCUGUACAGAGACAAGUAUGAGCAGGAGCACCUCAAGCCCUCUGUCUCCCAGCUACUCCUGUCCCCUGAGCUGUACUGUAGGACCCAGGCCCUGCUCCACGGGGUCUCCCAGCCCGCUCCUCAGGGGCCCCCAGGGGACAACUCCGCACUUCUGCAGCUCCUCACCAAGAGGGGCCUGGAGCCCAGGGACCAGGAUGUGGCCAUCACAGAGGAAGACCUCAGCCACACGCCCAUCAAGACGAGGGCCCACCUGGUCCUGAUUGACUCGCUGAUGUCACUGGCUGCCAUGGAGACAGUGGGCAAGGUUAAGAUGACUGCAGAGGCAGAGAAAAUGGGAGGCGGGGCUCCGUGGGAGAAUGCCCUCCUCUUCUGGGUUAACCGGUUGAAUCAGAAGUUGAGAGAGAGCACUGAGGAUGAGGAGGUCCCAACCUGCACAGACCCACAGCCUGUUCAACCAACAUGUCCCACCCGCUGGUACUGGAAACUGGUCCCACAUGCCAUCGCUUUUUGUUUGAAGGAGGAGUCUGGGAAUAAACCUCCAGUGAUCCGUUAUAGGAAGGAUAAGGUUCUGUCUAAGCAGACUCCUACUUUUCCUCUGGUGUCUGGUGUAAGGGAUCUGUCUAAUGGCUGUGCUAUAGCUGCUGUUCUGCACUACUACUGUCCUGACCUGCUGCCACUGGAGGAUGUGUGUCUGAAGGACACCAUGUCAGUAGCAGACAGUCUGUAUAACCUGCAGCUGAUCAGAGAGAUCAGUGAGACCAGUCUACAGAGGUGCUGUCACCUGGAGCUGGAGGACCUGCUCUACGCCCCGCCAACACUACACGUGAACAUCAUGAGCUUCAUAGCAGAGCUGCUGGGAUGGUUCGAGGUGCAUAAACCUGACUUUGUCAAGCCGUUACUACCUCUAGACCUGACAGAUGCCUCAGGGUUGUUGGACUGCACCAGUCCUGUCAGUGGGAACAGCAACAGUGGCUCUCCCUCCUAUAUCUUCAAACAGCCCUUUGUCCCCAUAUCCUCUCCUGCGUCAUCUGAAGGGAACAUGUGGACCAAGAAACAGAUCCGUCGUCCACUCUCGGCUGUGACCUUCAGUAUUCCAUUCGGUCUGGACAGUGACGUGGACGUUGUCAUGGGCAACCCCGUGCAUUCUGCCAGCACCAACAGCCUGACCGCCGGCGUGCCCGCCAUGAUGACUUCAUCGAGCAGGAUGUCAUCGGGGAUGACACGGGUCCCCUACAGCCCCCCCGAGGACCUCAGUCACCUGGUCAGCGCCUCUGUCCCUCAACGCUCCUCCUGGGGCCCGCACACACACUCACACACACCGGCCCUAGGGGAGCUGCCGACAGUCGAGAUCAUCCACACUCCUGGAGGAGAAAGAGGUGGAGGAGGGAAAAGAGGAGAGAAAGGAGAUGGAGGAGGAGGAGGAGGAGGAGAAAGAAGGCCAGAGCCACGCUUGCGUCCAGAAGGAGCUCCUGCAGGUUUCUUCCUUCAUUCUCCUGAAUACGACCUGACCCAGCUCAGCAGCUCCGCCCCCUGCCGCUCCGGAAUGCUCUACCGACCAAUAGGAGGGGAGGGGGGCGGAGGAGAGAAGCGGAGAGUGGGAGGCAGGGAGAAGGGGGAGAAGGGGAGAUCGGAUGGCUCGCGGGACGAUGACUCGGUACUCCGCGACGGAAGUGUGGACUCAUCGGAAGCUUCCGACGACCUUCCUAGAAACACCCCCGGCAACGUCCGCCCUGGCCACGGUCAUCACGGCAACGGCAGCAUCAGCAACACCGGGGGCAGCAGCAGCAGCAGCCCGCAGAUGACGAGCUUCGCCGAGCGGCGGGACAGAAGGAGACAGCCAGCCGCACCGGGAGAGGAGUCGGCCAGCACCCUGACCCCCACCACCCCCACCCUCCAUACCUCCACCCACACCACCCCCACCCUCCAUACCCCCACCCACACCACCCCUAGCCCAGGAGGGAAGCACCCUGAGCCGGGUACAGAGGCCUGGGAGCUGGGGGCCCGCCUGGAGGAGAAACGCAGAGCCAUCGAGGCCCAGAAGAGACGCAUAGAGGCCAUAUUCACCAGACACAGACAGAGGCUGGGCAAGACUGCCUUCCUACAGCUGAAGAGAGGAGAGGGAGGAGAGGAGCCUAUAUCUCUGGAGGAGCGUCUCAGCCGCAUGGAGGAGCAGCUGAAAGAGGAGGAGGAGAGAGAAGAGGGAGAGGAGAAAGGGAAGGCAGACGAAGGGAACUCCCGCCCCCAGGCGCGAUUGGAGAAGCAGGUGAAAGAGGAGGAGGAGAGAGAAGAGGGAGAGGAGAAAGAUAAGGCAGAUGAAGGGAACUCCCGCCCCCAGGCGCGAUUGGAGAAGCAGGUGACGUUUUCCAUGGAUACGAGGAAGGGGGCUGAGAAAGGGGCGGAUAAAUGGGAGGGGCCUGAGCCGGGGGGAGGGGCUGUUCUAGGGGAGUAUAAUGAGGUGGUCCUGAAGCUGAGUGAGGCUCUGAGGUCACUACAGAACGACAUGCAGAAACUGACCCAACAACAACAACAGCUAAUGGGCAAGAAGACCACACCCAAACCCACACCUAAAACUACACCCAAAACCACACCUAAAACUACACCCAAAACCACACCUAAAACUACACCCAAAACUACACCUAAAAGUACACCCAGGACACCACCCAGGACCCCCACUAAGAGUCCGACUAGAACCCCGACCAAGAGCAUCAGUAAGGCGUGGGUGAUUCCUGCAGGCUCCAAACCCCCCACCUCCACUACCUCCCCCUCUCGCAGGGCCCUCCCCCAGCUUUCCUCCACCCCUCCCAAAACCCCCACCUCCACUACCUCCCCCUCUCGCAGGGCCCUCCCCCAGCUCUCCUCCAACCCUCCCAAAACCCCCAUCUCCUCCUCCUGCCCUGCCCCACGCACAAAGAUCCACUCCUCCUCCCCCCGUAGCCCUAAGCACCACCCGCGCCCCUCCCAACCCCACCCCCGCCCUUCUGAGUUGAAGUUCCCUCCUUCCACCCGUGUCCUCACCCCCCCGCAGCAUGUGGACUCCCUCCCACACCUGCGACGCGUCUCCCCCAGCCAGUGCCAGGUCCAGACCUCCUCCUCUUUCCGUAUCGGGGGCCCCUGCACCCCCCAGGAACCCCCUGCCGCCAUGCUGCCCCAGCCCGAGGAGAGUACCUCAGAGACGGGCUCCAGCGAGACGCAGUUCAGCCUGGAGCUGGAGGAGCAGGAGGGUUUAGGGGGAGGCCGGCCCGUGUUUCCCCAACCCAGGAGAGGCCGUUCUGGGGGUGGCAGCAGCUCUGGAGCCCCCUCCGAGGGCUCCUUUGAGAGCGAGACCCUGUCGCUGUCGGCCGCUUACUGCGGAGGAGGGGAGGGAGGGAGAGGAGGAGGAGGGAAUCGUUGCAGCCUGAUGGAGGUGUCAUUGUCAUCCCUGGGAGGGCCAGAGGGGGGCAGUGACGAGCCAACUGACACAGAAGGACAGGAGUUGUUCUCUGACUCCAUGAGCGACCACACAGAACCUCCAACAGGAGAAACGUUGGAACCUACGGAACCCACGGGAGAACCGAGGGAAUAUACAGGGUAUCAAAUAGAACAGACACAGAACACAGAACUCCGAGAACCCUCAGUGGAACCCACAGAGCAGACGGAACCGGAGGCGAGAGGAGGGGUUGGAUUCUUCUUCAAGGAGGAGGUGCGUUGUGAAGAUGAGAUGGCUCAGAGGAGAGCUGCUCUGUUGGGGAGACAGCAGAAAAGAGCAGAGGACCUGAAGAGGAGGAGACAGUGGAACGAACAGGAGAGAGAGAGCAGACCCCCCUCUGAGGAGGAGGAGCGAAGAGGCUCUCUCCCACAGACCCCUCCCCUCCCCUGCACUCCUCCCCCCGCCGCCGGUGUCCCCUCCCUCACCCCCCCGACCACGCCCAGUCGCCGUGGUGAUUUCACGCGGAAGGAGUACGCCCACCGCCAGCAGAUACGCAUCAUGUCUGACCUGGAUAAGGUGCUGUGUCAGAAACACACCAAUCAGGGACGAGUCGCCGCCAAGAAGUCCCGCCCCCGACCUCGGAGCAUGACCCGGGAGGAGUCACAGCUGUCCCGCAGCCCAGCCAGGAGCACUAUGGGUUCUAAGUUGACUAAGGUGUACUCUCACUCCUCUCUCAACCUGGCUGCUAUGGCUGACGACACCGUCCCUGACAACACCGUCCCUGACAACACCGUCCCUGACGACACCGUCCCUGACCACACCGUCCCUAACCACACCGUCCCUAACCCUAGCAAGAAACCAUCCAGCCGCCCUGAUUCGCCCUCACGUCUGAUGUCACCGAGCCGACUGGCCAAUCAGAACGGAGACAAGGACUGGGAGAUCGGCUCCAAUGGCUCCUCCCCUUCCAUUCCAGAAUACACCGGGCCCAAACUGUUCAAGGAGCCGAGCUUCAAGUCCAAUAAGUUCAUCAUCCACAACGCUCUGUCUCGCUGCUGUCUGGCUGGCAAGGUCAACGAGACUCAGAAGAACAAGAUGGUGGAGGAGAUGGAGAAGAGUCCAGCCAACCACUUCCUGAUUCUGUUCCGUGAUUCCAACUGUCAGUUCCGAGCCGUCUACACCAUGAGCCCCGAGACUGACGAGCUCAUCCGAUUGGCCGGGGUGGGCCCGCGUGUCGUAAGCCCCGCCCUGGUGGAGUCCAUCUAUAAGUACAGCUCCGACAGGAAACAGUUCAGCUGUAUCCCGUCCAAGACCAUGUCCAUGAGUGUCGACGCCUUCACCUUACCAGGACACCUGUGGCACAGCAAGAGGCCUGGCAAGCCAAAAUAACCAUGUAUAUACUGUAUAUACAUACACACCUGUGGCACAGCAAGAGGCCUGGCAAGCCAAAAUAACCAUGUAUAUACUGUAUAUACAUACACACCUGUGGCACAGCAAGAGACCUGGCAAGCCAAAAUAACCAUGUAUAUACUGUAUAUACAUACACACCUGUGGCACAGCAAGAGACCUGGCAAGCCAAAAUAACCAUGUAUAUACUGUAUAUACAUACACACCUGUGGCACAGCAAGAGACCUGGCAAGCCAAAAUAACCAUGUAUAUACUGUAUAUACAUACACACCUGUGGCACAGCAAGAGACCUGGCAAGCCAAAAUAACCAUGUAUAUACUGUAUAUACAUACACACCUGUGGCACAGCAAGAGACCUGGCAAGCCAAAAUAACCAUGUAUAUACUGUAUAUACAUACACACCUGUGGCACAGCAAGAGGCCUGGCAAGCCAAAAUAACCAUGUAUAUACUGUAUAUACAUACAGGAAUGGAUACACACACACACACACAAACAACUGAAUUACUGUUUGUCCUGCAUGGGACACACUACCCCUCUCGCCCUUCUCAUCGGACCUACUGACUGUUGACGAGGUGCUUUCUCUCCCCUGUAUGUGCAUGGAAAUGGAACAGUCCAACUAUCCACCCUUAUGGAGAAGGCUCUAAGACUCGUUCACACGCGGGGGAUACUGAAGACCAGUUGUUGUUGUUGUAAAAAUGACCUUUUCAAUCUUAAAUGGUUACACUACACAGAAACAAACUCUACACAAAAAAAGUGUAUCUUUCUCUUUUUUUAGUUAAAACGUUCUCCUGGAAAUGUCUGAGGUACAAAAUGAUUGUUUCUCUGCUACCCAUAAACCCUUUGGCCUUAUGUUCUGUUCACUACUAGCUGGAGGCAUGCUAGCCAUUGUGUAGGUUGACUAAAGUUUUCUGUUUUAUAACACGAUCCUUCUAAUGCCUUCUGCCCAACGACUGGCAGGCACAGGACUUUUAUUAUCCUGCAAACCACUUCUGCCCAACGACUGGCAGGCACAGGACUUUUAUUAUCCUGCAAACCACUUCUGCCCAACGACUGGCAGGCACAGGACUUUUAUUAUCCUGCAAACCACUUCUGCCCAACGACUGGCAGGCACGGGACUUUUAUUAUCCUGCAAACCACUUCUGCCCAACGACUGGCAGGCACAGGACUUUUAUUAUCCUGCAAACCACUUCUGCCCAACGACUGGCAGGCACGGGACUUUUAUUAUCCUGCAAACCACUUCUGCCCAACGACUGGCAGGCACGGGACUUUUAUUAUCCUGCAAACCACUUCUGCCCAACGACUGGCAGGCACGGGACUUUUAUUAUCCUGCAAACCACUUCUGCCCAACGACUGGCAGGCACGGGACUUUUAUUAUCCUGCAAACCACUUCUGCCCAACGACUGGCAGGCACGGGACUUUUAUUAUCCUGCAAACCACUUCUGCCCAACGACUGGCAGGCACGGGACUUUUAUUAUCCUGCAAACCACUUCUGCCCAACGACUGGCAGGCACGGGACUUUUAUUAUCCUGCAAACCACUUCUGCCCAACGACUGGCAGGCACGGGACUUUUAUUAUCCUGCAAACCACUUCUGCCCAACGACUGGCAGGCACGGGACUUUUAUUAUCCUGCAAACCACUUCUGCCCAACGACUGGCAGGCACAGGACUUUUAUUAUCCUGCAAACCACUUCUGCCCAACGACUGGCAGGCACGGGACUUUUAUUAUCCUGCAAACCACUUCUGCCCAACGACUGGCAGGCACGGGACUUUUAUUAUCC